UCAUGCUGCUGCCAGGUCCACAGUCUCUCAUGGGUCCCUGUACGGCCUCCCAUUGCUGCUGUCUCCAUCGCCACACUCUGCCAUGUGCCACUUUCAGGUCUCCUCACACUGCUGGUGUGUUCCAUUUUUUGUCAUAGGGUGCUGGCAGAUUACGGGCCUCCCAUUGCUGCUGCCAGGCCCCUAAUCUGCCAUGGGCCCCUGUACCGCCUCCUCAUGCUGCUGCCAGGUCCAGAGUCUCUCAUGGGUCCCUGUACGGCCUCCCAUUGCUGCUGUCUCCAUCGCCACACUCUGCCAUGUGCCACUUUCAGGUCUCCUCACACACUGCUGGUGUGUUCCAUUUUUUGU